AUGCAUAUGUCCUUUCAUUUUGGUGAAAACGAAAUUAUUUUAUUUAACGAAUGGCAUGUAGUCGAUUCGCAAGGGCUUGGAUGGUCAAUAGUUGGAAUUAUUCUUUUGGUGACCAUAUAUGAAGGAAUAAAAAGUUAUCGUGACCACCUUUACGUACAGACUGCACGUUUCUCGAAACUUAGUCAAAGAAGACCAAGAGCGGCACUACUCUUUUCCAAGGUACAUAUCAUUCAAACAAUAGCUCACAUUAUACAACUGAUCAUAGGAUAUUUCCUUAUGUUAAUUUUUAUGACAUACAACGUGUGGCUCUGUUUGGCUGUGGCGAUCGGUACCGGUAUAGGCUAUUGGCUAUUUUCUUGGGAACGGUCCAGCGGUGACAAUAUGGACUGUUGCUUCUAG